GGGGCCGGGGCUGAGCGGCGCGGGCGUGCGCGCAGCCCUUUAUAGCGCGCGGGGCAGGGGCUCCGGCAGACUCUGGGCUCCCCAGACCCCCUCUUACGCCCUGGGGCCCCUGCCACCCAAACUCCCCAGCCUCCGAGCACCGCGGAAUCCAAACGACCUCACCGCCAGCUCCUGGACAUGACGACCCCUGCCUGGCCCCGGCUCCCGCGCCUCGAGACCGCGGUCGCUCGAACGCUCCUGCUCGGCUGGGUUCUUGCCCGGGUGGCCGAUGCAGAAGGCACUCCAGUUAGAGCAUAUAAUUUAACUUGGAAAUCAACUAAUUUCAAGACAAUCUUGGAGUGGGAACCCAAACCCAUCGAUUAUGUCUACACUGUUCAGAUAAGCUCUGCGUUAGGAGAUUGGAAAAGCGUAUGCUUCUCCCUCACAGUCACAGAGUGUGACCUCACCAGUGAGAUUGCUCAGGAUGUGCGGCAGACGUACUUGGCGAAGGUGCUUUCCCUCUUGCCGAACAACACCGGUUUUGUUGAGGACGCUCACUAUAGAAAUUCCCCAGAGUUUACACCUUACCUGGAGACAAAACUUGGACAGCCGAAAAUUGAGAGUUUUAAACAAGUUGGGACAAAACUGAAUGUGACAAUACAUGAUACACAGACAUCAGUCAGAAGCAAUGGCACUUUCCUAAGCCUUCGAGAUAUUUUUGGCAAAAACUUAAAUUAUAUACUUUAUUAUUGGAAAGCUUCAACUACAGGAAAGAAAACAGCCAUGACAAACACUAAUGAAUUUUUGAUUGAUGUGGAAAAAGGACAAGAUUACUGUUUCCUUGUUCAAGCUGUGAUUCCAUCCCGAAAAGUUAACAAGAAGAGUCCAGAAAGCAUUACUGUGUGUACAAGGCAAGAGAAAGGUGUAUUCAGAGAAAUGUUGUUCAUCGUGGGACCAGUGAUUUUGGUCAUCAUCAUUGUCAUUAUCCUGUCCCUGUUUCUGCACAAGUGCAGAAAGGCCAAAGCCAGGCAGAGUGGGAAGGAGAACUCACCACUGAACAUUGUGUAAAAGAGGCUUAGUCGGAGCUGCAGAUUCCUGCACAUGCUGCAUUGCACAGCGACCAAGAAUGUCUCAGAGAAUGUGUGUAAGCACAAAUUGCAUGGAGCAUGAGCCCUUUGAGCUCAAAAAACCUCCUUAUAUGACCUGUUAUUGCAGUUACCAUUCUGGUUUUGGUGUCAGCACCACUCACUUUGGAAUGUAACAAACGGUACAACCAAUUUCACGUUGUUUUAAUUUUUAACACUAUGGUGCCUUUUGCACAUAUCAUGCCUUAGACUGUAUAUUCUGGACUCAAAAA